GAUACAAACAUUAGAAUGAGUGUGUGUUUGAUAGUGAUUAGUGAGUUCGAAUACUAGACCUUUGGUGACAGGGUUGAUUUGUAAGUCUUCACUUUUCCAUUGAACUACGUCCAUUUGAUCUGGCUCCACGCAGGAGGCAAGGACUAGAACAUGGUCCCGGCACUGAGAGGCCGCAAGGCGGUCCUUUUUACCGCAUGCACUGCCACCAGUGCAUGGGGUCUACGCGAAGCUGACGGCGCGCUAGGAUGCACAGCAUCAGUUUUCAACGGAAAUUCUACAAAGAAUAACGCAGCUUUUGCAGGUAAUAUUUUUUUUAUAAUGAAGAUCUCCAGGUACUGUUACCGGACUUGUUCAUCUCGAAUUACUUUAAUACAAUCAUCAAUGAAUCUUCAGGAAAUCAAGCAUUCUGAUGAUUCUAGUAGUAAACUAAAAUUUAACUAGCCUCCACAAGCUCAAACUUCGCCCGGCUCCAAGUGUACUACCACUUCUCCGCCCACGGGCUACAGCGAAAGACAGCCCGCGGGCUGGGUAGUGCACCUUGAUGAAUUAACUGCGGCGAGACUGCUGGCACUCACGUACUUCGCUACGUCGAUUCGUGGGAGGAUAAGCGAGCUGCUUUCGGUUUUUUAUUGGACUGCUGGGGAGAUCACGCAAGUUCUUCAGAAUUUGCAAGACCCUCACGGCAGUCCAACAGAAAGACUGGAAGAGAGCCACCAGAUGCGCAUAGGGACCCGCGCCGCAGGGCCCAGGCCACGCGCAUAGCCGGCCCGCGGUGGCAGGCAAGAGCGAGGGCAGGGGGACCUUGGCGGGCCAAGAAAAAGCAACGCGUGGCCGCGCUGGCUGGGUCUCUCUACGUGCAACCGUUGAGGCUCUGCCUCUCCUGGGUCUUUCGUCCGGUCCUUUUUAGCAUAAAGCAUGAACAUGGCAACAUGUUAAGGCCCCAACUGAAAGCGGCACGCGUUUGGGCUUUGGAGAAAGGGCCGCGGAAUGGGGUUAGGCGCACAUUCAUGGUCGUAGUUUUGUUGUAUCUGACGGGUUGCGGAUUCUGUGUUAGAUUCUAGGCAUCAACUCUAGCGAGAAGGAUCCGCGGCAGACCUAUGGGGAUGCAACCUUGGCGCUAGUGAUGGCCUUGGGUAUUCUGCUGCGGAUUUCCGUGCGUGGGUGUUAGGGUUAACAAUCGCAUAAAGCAGGUCGUGCCCUUUUCUGUGGUUGUGGGUUUAUUUGGUGGACCGAUGCCCCAUUGCGAAUAAACCAGUGCGCACAACCAUAGAACUGAGCACUCUCUCACUGGAGGCGUUGCACAGAGCUCCAGCCUGCCUUCGAAGGUGAGACCUGUGGGGCUGACAGGGCCACGACAGUGCCGGCGCUUCGUUAUUACUAUUAGGAGAUAAGUACUUGCUUGGCAUUGUCUUUUCUUCUUGCGGUUUUUGUUUUUUCUCGUUAGGUCUGAUCCACGAACAUUAUUAAAUAUUAAUUUAGAUUAUUUGUCUACUUUUUGCGAUGUUUUAGGACUAUCAAUUAUACUAAUUGAUGUUAUCUGUCGCUGUCAUUGUCAGGACUGGCGUCUUACAGACUUUUACAAGGUAAAACCUAUAGACAAAAGAAUAAAGCACCAGGCAUGAACGCCGACUGCAGCAACUGCGAUGGGCGUCUGGCUUAUGUGCCUGCCGGCGAUCACGGAUUGGGAGCGAAGCGAAAAGUUUAUAUGUUUUCUGGAGCAGCCCCUCGAUGGAUUGGUUACGGACGUGGCAGCUUCUACGAACCGAAAGAAGGCGAAACACCUACGCCAGCUGUAGGCGAGGUUUCACAAAUUGCACACACUUUCGGCUACUGGGAAGGCGUGCUUCCGCUAAUUAACGAGAAAGGAUUGAGCAUUUAUGGAAAUGAACACUCAGCCCAUACCCAUUUUUGAAACCUAAAGAUGAUAAGUAACGACCCGACACGAAAUGCUACUAACUGACUGCUUGCCCUCUUUCUUACUGCAUUUUUUAGUUCCAACCUUUGCUCGAAAUCUUACUUCUUCGUGCUCCACUUGCACUUCUACUUCUUGUUCUUGAAAACACUUCUCUAAAGAACGGGCGAGUCCAGCUGCGCAGCCCGACUUAUGAACUGGCCCGUUGGUGGGAAGAAGGGACCGACUACAGGGGUUCCAGCUCUUAUCGAUCUCAGCUCCAUGAUGCAGAUUGCAAUGGAGCGUUGCGUGACUUCGCUUUGCGCAGUGCAAACAAUGGGAAGUCUUGCAGAAGAGCACGGGUAUCAUUAACAUGGAUCAUGAUCCAUUUCCAUGGUGGAUGGUUGACGGUUUAUUUCUCUUUUUCGAGAAUUAAUGAUAUUAGUGUCAGAACCAGAAGUAAGGGUACAUAAAUAAUCCAUUGGUAAAAACUCGAAUUACUCCUGUGUGCUGAUCACUACUACAUGUACAUACUCAUGCUUAUGGGAAGUGAGCCUAUUUUUGAACGAACGUGCAUGAUUUCACGACUGACUUGUCAAUGUCAUUGACAUCCUUAACGAAUCACCAAGUUCCUUUCCUAUCAAUUCGUUCUUUCUGCUUAGGUUUUACCCGAUGCCGAACGAGUGGACCGUCGGCAAAGAGCUGGAUGGCCGUACCACUGUCGAUGACGGCGGUGAAGCAGUCACCGUGGCGGAUGCCACUGGAGACGCUUGGGUGUUCCACGUUGUCGGUGGGUAUCCCGGGAUCGCUAAGUCGGUUUGGGUGGCCCAACGCGUGCCCAAGGGUCACGCGGCGUUUAUCGCCAACAACUUCAUCAUCAAGGAAGUACCAGAAGAGCAAACUGCGGACUUCCUAUUUUCCCCCAAUAUCCGCGCCGUCGCCAAAGCCGCCGGUUUUUGGGACGAGGGCAAGGCACUGCACUUCACGAACACCUUUGCGCCCGACACGGUCACUUUCACGACGCACGGACAGCCGAUUCCGCUGUACGCCUCGCUUCGCCUGUGGCGCUUAUUCACGCUCGCGGCCCCUUCGAAGAACUGGGAAGUGCACCUGCAGCCCAUGGAUUACCCGUGGUCGGUCGAAGUCGAGAAGCCGCUUGACCGUCGGGACAUCUUCAAGAUGCACAGCGACCUCUACAAGGGCACAGAGUUCGACCUGGGCAAGGGCGCGCUGGCUGGCCCGUUCGGCAACCCCUUUCCGACGGAAGGCGGCGUCGCAUCCACCGGGAUGGGCCAGAUUCCACGAGGCAUCAGCAUCCAACGCACUGUGUAUGGCGUCAUGAACGAAGCCUUGCCGGAGGGCAAAGCCGUCAGUUGGUUCGCCAUCGACACACCUGCGACCUCGGUCUUCGUGCCGGUGAUGGCGGUACUUCCUCACAUCUUGUUCGGCAUUGACCUCUUAUUUUGAGAAACUCGCUCGGUCUUCCGAAAUUUAUUUCCCCUCUUUGCUACCAUUUUUCAUAUUUGCAUUUCCUGUCGAACAUUUCUACAUGCAAUAGGCACUACAUAAGUAUAAGAUCAUGGAUGCCCUUGAACUUGAUUAAUACCUUGACGUUCCUCAGCAUUCCACGACGGUCGAUCCCUCGUACGCAACGGGAACCAAUCGAAAAUUCACACGCAAUAGUGCUUGGUGGGCAUUCGAUUUUGUGAACAAUUGGUCGAAACUGAACUACAAUAUGAUGUCCGAAAAUGACAUUUAUCCGAAGCAAGACGAAUUGCAGACCAUGCUGGACCAGGAGCUGGCAGAGCUUCACGAUACCUCCUCGUCGCAUGUGAACGCAUGGCAGAGCGCACUCCAAAAGAAAGUCGUAGAUCAAUGGUGGCAGCUCUCGGAUUACCUCAUUGUCAAGUACUUUUUAGGGAGUGCCGUGACCAUAAACAUGUUGUAUAAGCGUAUUUAUCAAUGUCAUCUCUUUGAUUAUUAUGUUUUGUUCAGGCUCUCCACCUCCGGCGACCAUCAGGUUCUUUACUCAUUGCUAUUUUAUUUUCAUGUUGACGUUGAUUUUCAUUUUUCUCGACUUCUUGUUCUUCACCCAUAUUCUGAGAAAUGAGUCAUUUCUUUGCUCAAGAUCGGAGAACACGAAAUUUUCGAAGCUAUCUCUAGGUACAACGAUGGUUUCCUGAACGAGCCUCACGGCAAGGUGGGCGUCUCCUACGGUUAUCCUCAGGAGUGGGCCAAGUCCGUCGGAUUUAACGGAGACGUCCAUCCCAUCGAGGUAGAGCGCAAACAGAUCGCCACGCACACGCUUCUCCCGAGUAUCUUUGAGGAGGGCGAGUGGCUGUACGAGGAAAAGGAGUCGAAAGCACCCUUAAGAGGAAAAAAAGUGUUUCCCUAUCUUAUUCGAACCUAUCCUCGGCUUUUCACUAUUUUUCUUUCGAUGAUUCUUUCGUUAUUCCCUUUUUCGCGUAACAAUCAGGGAGUUGUUGCGUUCAUCUUUCUUAAGGUUUGGGGGUAUCACUACAAAAUACUUAGUCUUAAGUCGCACUCGUACUACAAAAUCGUCUACACAAAUAAUCUUCUACACAUUUUGCAGAUGAUUAUGUGGGUAGAAGAUUUUUUGUUGCCCCUCAUUAGGAUCCUUAUUCCCGUAGAGCAUUUCCUAAGAUGGAUGAUGGCUUGCAUGGAUUGCAAUGCAUUGCAUGGAUGGCAUGGCCAGGCGGAGCGAAGGCGUGACCUUUUUAAAGGGGAAGCGCGCACUUCUCUGCUUGAACGCAGCGCCUCGCCUGACAAGGCCACAGGAGGGCCGUCGCCUUGCUUAUCUUGUUGUGCUCUGCCCGCCCGCGGAUAGGGGGCUCGAUUCUCGUAGGGGUGAGGCCGCGCGUGGGCUCCCUUUCGGUUCGAGCUGGCUGCAGGGAGGACGCAGAGCCCCUGACGCCUGGCCGCGUUGGAGAUGCCAGCAAACUAGCCUAGAUAUUCGCAGCUAGAUAGAAGCCGGGCCCCUAAGUAUUAAGUGCGUAAUGGUCGAUAGGCAUAAGUGCUUAAGAUGUUAGAUUAUGAAGGCCCCCACUUCCCCCCGGGAUGGCGUUGCCAUGCUUGCGACCAGUGUGCUUACAGUAUAUUGAUGCUUAUUAUACUUUUCCGCUAUGGGCCCGCGUUAGAAGUAACAGGAAUGCAGUGGCGUCUGGCUUUCGGUCUAGUCUUGGUUUCCGGCUGGGUUUAAGUAGGCACGCGGCAAGUGCGCUAGUUUUCUUGCGUGGGUGCACAGGCUCCGGCGCGUCUCUAUGGUCCUCUGCGUUGCCGGCGUUGGGGGGGUGGUCUUUGGGGGGGUGUUCUGACUGUAGCCUGCGUAUGCUGCGCCCGGAUGCGAAUGCUUCGAAGUUGCUGGCGCCCAAGCUGUUGGAAGGUGAAACACGACCACAGUGAGUGCGGACGAUGGCGCCCGAAGGGCGCCCCGAAAAAAAAAACCUUAGUUCUAAAUAGUGCCAUCCAUUGCCAUGCAUGCAAUCCAUACCAUGCAUUUUAGAAAUCCGGAAAGUGCGAAAUUCUCUAUAAAUAUUGGUUAAAAGGUUGCGGAGAAGAGAUUUCCUCUAACGAUGAUCCAACACUCCACGUCUACUGUUGCGGCACAGAGUCAAUUGAAGAACGUUCUCCUAGCGGAGCAUCCCGCUUCGGUGACACCAGACGCCAGCAUGUUGUCCUUCACGCUUUUGCUCAUCGGCUUGAGCUUCGGUUUCGUUGCGGGACGAUAUGGCGCAUCGAGGAACGUCGCGGAGGAUGAGAACGGCUAUCAACCUCUGAUGCCCUAAGCGCAAUUAACUACAUAAAAUCAAAAUGAAAUAACGGAUUCAGGAGAAUUGGUCUACGUUUUGUCUAGACAAGAAAACAGUGAACUACGAGUACGACAAAGCGUGGGCUGAAACAUGAUUUUUCUCAAUAUUUUCAGACAUCAUUUUAAUUAAUAUGAAUUACACAUAGUUUUAGUUGUACUAAUUACACAUAGUUUUAGUUGUAUCACUAGUUCUAUUGCUACAACUAGUGCAACUGUCUCGUUCGCGAGGAGCAAUAUUGUUCUGAUCAUGGAAUGUCGCCAUCCAUAAAACAAGAUGCAAGUUGUAGCAGAGGCGCGAUUUGGUGUCAUGCAGGUGUAGAACAGAGUACAUAGCCCCUUGAAGAACUCCUGUUAUAAUAAGAUACAAAAACACCACCUAACAGCAUUGACGCAACUAAUAUCUACACGAACAUGUAAAAAAUUUCCGUAGUACAACUGUAGACAAAGAUGUUUCGCUUUUUCUUCGAAAUUUAAAAAGAAGGCUUUGACGUGAGGUGACUCGAUAGACAAGUACGUAGGCUCCUGCCUAGCUAAUUGUAUGAUUCCGAUAGGCAUAGGACGAACAUGAGCAAGUCCGUAAUUCCAGUACUAGAUCCAUCGAGGUGUAUUCAUCGAGUACUCGAUUCCAUGAUGAAUGUCCCCCCGUCAUAUAUUUUUUUGCAAUGUAUUUUGAAUUUUCCAAUACGCUUUGAGAUGACCAAGGAAGCUGCUUAGCAUCAUGAAAAUUUAUUGAAUGAAUGAGAAGGUGGAGGUCAUGAUGUUAGAUGAUGAUGAAGGCUUCGACUUGUUGUCUGAUUGACGCGAAAAUCUUCUGUUUCAGAAGAUGUAAAGAAUUUUGCUUUUCUCCGGGCCAUAUUGAUAUACUUUUAGCAUCAAUAGCAAAGAAAUGAAUUAUGCAUUCGUUGCUCCAUUUCCAUGGGCGAUGACGGACACUCAGGCGCAUCUGCUUCUGCAUAUCCCAGCAUAUAACGAACUACAUACUUAGCUGUAAAAGCAUCAACAUCGAUAAGCUAAGGUUUCGGCCGAACACAUAAGUAACGACCACGAUGGCAGCAAAUGCUGAUGGGCAUCCUUAUCUUUUUUGAGAGAGAGUUUAUCGAAGCAGCCUUAGCGAAACUACAGCAGAAGGAGCAGAGAGAUGAAGAUGUAGUACGCGAUAGAAUUGCAAACGAAAUGAAAAUAGGAGAAGG